ACUGGCAGGCAUUUGCAACUUUCUAAACUGCACCUAGCUUCUGGGAGAGCAAAAGAAACAGAAAUGCAUCCUGUUUGCUGUGUGCCAACCUGUAUCUUAUUAAGCCUGACAAAUGGAUAUUUUCUUAAAGGAUCUCUUAGAGCCUUCUCAGAGGGACAUCUUCAAUCACUUGACACGGACAAAAACAACCAUGGCAGUCCCUUUUAAGAGCGCACUGAAAGAUCGGGCUUUGGUAUCAAGCAAUAUUGGCAUCCCACCGCAUCUGAUCCACCGCAUCCAGUAUCCAGCCUACACUAGUCACACAUCUCCCGUGGUCAAGAAGCUUGCGGAGCAAGACAAAUUAAGAAUUUCCAAGUUGCUGUCAGCACCUCGGAUAAGCUAUCAAGGACUGAGCAGCAGGGAGAACAGCCUUGCUCACAUCCCCCAGCAGAAGCGCAGCCGCGGGUCUCAAGACGUAGGUGUGGCUGCUGAACCAAGUCCAGCAGUGUCACGAUUCAGCAUAGCAACUAGUCCCCUUUAUGUUAGCAGGGAAUUCUUUGAUGGUGGCCUGGUCCCCAUAAGCAGCUUUUUACCAGAGGGAGCCUCAGCUCCAGGUAACUUUGUCAUUUUUGCCAAAAAAAGAGUCCCUUUCCGUGUGUUACCAAUGAAGCCACUAGAUGCCUCCAGUAUCAGAAAAGGCAAGAAGAUGCAAAUAGCCUCCUCAGAUUGGUCCACAUUAAAAUCCUUCGGCAACUAAUAUUUAUAUUUGGGCCGUUUUCUUUAGAAAUCCAGACAGGAGGAUUCAUUUAUGUGGGAUAUCUUGUGCAGAAGAAAAGACUGGCCAGAAGGAGAGCAUAUGAAACCAGAUGUCAAACAUUAGAGGCAUUUUCACACACUCACAGAAGUGGCUGAGCACAAUAGGCUAUGGGGCCACAGGUCUGUGCCUGAUCAUGCCAGCUCCUGCCUGCCCACCCUUGCCCCAGAAAUGCUUUGCCUUCAAGUGUUUGACACAAUUUCUAAGUGACGUAUCUCGCUGAUAUAAAAAAUGGUUAAGGAUAUUGUCACACUGCAGUUUGCUUGGCUGCAGACAGUUGGCGCUGUAAAUUACAGUUUGGCAAGCUGGUGGGCAGGUAGGCGGCCCAGGUGAGGAGAGGAGGAGCGAUCCAGAGGGUAGAGAUGCAGGCCUAGGUGAGGUGAGGAGGAGGAGGGAACUGGAGAAGGGAGACAUUAAAACGCUGGAAUAG